GUGGAGUCAGCGUUCACCUGUGAAAUCACUCCCGUUAGGACAAUUGGCAGGAAAAUAUUAGGCUCCCCGCGAAGGACAGAUCUCCCAUUUGUUUCCAAAAUAAAAACCUUAAGGGAGUUUUAAGCCGCCAUUGUGGUUUCUUACACAGCACAUAAUCCCCCUUUCUUCUUCCUCUGAUUCUCACUAAUUAGUCUACUUCCUUUCUUACUCCGAGGAUUUUCAUGAAGAAAGGAAAGAGAGCAGUUUCUUAUUAAGAGGCCUUGGGGUAGAUUAAGAGGAGGUGAAUUCAUCGCAGGAAAAGAGAUGGGUACUGGAAAAACAUCUUCUUUUGAUGCCCAUCUAAACUUUCUUGAUAAAAAGGCAGUUGAUGGAAAUAUAUACAGAAAGAUUGGGGUUUUUAUCAGUUCUUGUUUGUUUUUUCUUGUGAAUUCGGUGUUGCUCUUUUUUAGAUUCAUGGCUGGGCAUCUUUUCAGAAUCAAGAACAGUGAUGCCUCUCACAGAGAUGAUUUUAGCUUCUUGGAAUCAAGAGAAUUGAAGCAAGUCAAGCAGUUUGAUCAGAAAGGUGAAUUCUUUGUGGAUGAGAAGGAUGAGAAAAGGAUGCCAGCCUUCAGUUUCAAGUACCAAAGUCAGAAUUUUGAGGACAAAUUUGGAAAAUUUGAAGAGGAAGAACAGGUUGAUGAAGUAGGAACUAUUGCGAUUUCAGAGAAAGAAGAUCAACCAUAUUUGAAUGCUGCCGAUAUUCACAAUUAUCGAUUCUUAUCGGAGGAUAAUUUCAGCGGCUUCGUGGAAGAGCCAGAGACCAUGACUCUUCGUGUUCAUGAAUCCUUCAUCGGCUUCGAAGAAGAAAGUUUUGAAGGAGUGGACACGGAUAUGAGAUUCUUAUCUGUAGAAGAUUUUCUGAAGCCCCCUAUGGGGUCUACCUUUGAAGAAGAGAGCAAUUUUGACGAUAAUAAAAUUUUGGAUUCAGUAUAUAAGCAAGAGAAAACAGAAGAUUUUAUAGACUUUAAAAAUAUGAUUUUGGAUGAGGAGAAAACCAAUUCCUUCAGUUCCGAAACCAAUUCAAUUGGGGGCAGAGAGAUCAGAUUAAUCUCCGAGGAUUUCCCUGGCUUUGAUUUUGAUUCUGAUACUGAGUCAUCAAGUGAUGGCUACUCUGUGAAGGAGCUUAUAUACGAUUCAGAUAUAGUUGGAUUAUUAUCAGAGAAGGAUUUUGAUGAGAAAGAGCAUGAUUCAGAAAAUAGAGAAAUUUCAGUGAAUUCUAUCGAUAAGCAUGAACAAUUGCAGCAUGAAUCUUUCUUUUUGGAAAGAAGUGAUGAGGACGAUGAUGAUGAUGAUGAUCACGAUCACCUUCAUGAUCAUAAUUAUGAUCAUGAUCAUCUGAGUGACGAAGAAGAGGUCGAUGAAGACAUCAUUGCAGAGAAGCUUCCUCUUCUUGUUAAAGAAGAAAUCAAUUCAUCCAAAUCUCAUGCAGAAAAUAAAUUAAUUGGAAAAACAGAAACCGAAUUAGAAUUGAAUGGGGGUGAAAAUCUUUUGAUUGAAUUUGCAAAACCAAGUGAUGCUUCCUCGCCCGCUGCAAAUUCUUUGCAAAUAGAAUUCAUUGAAGAUUCCAGCGAUGAAGAGCUUUCUUCUGUAAAGAAUGGUAGCGCAAGGUUAGAUAGCUUUGGAGAAGUUCACUUUGUUAAAGAUUUAGUUGACUCAGAACCAAAAGCUCAGGCUUUUGACAAAGAAGCGGGGGGCAAGAAUGGAGAUGAUACAUCAAAUUUUGAUUUGAUAAAUUCUGCAAAAGUUUCAGCAGAGACAGAGCAGAAUAGCAAGGAAUUAAAUGUAGCGAAAAAGAAAACAGAAAAAUCUAAACCUUUUAAUUUCGAUUCUGAAGAGUUGGAUGAGCUCUGGGAACACCAAGAUCUUAUCGAACAACUUAAGAUGGAACUUAAGAAAGUUAGAGCUGUUGGGCUUCCUACAAUCUUGGAGGAAUCCGAAAGUCCAAGAACAAUCGAUGAUUUGAAACCAUUUCGGAUUGACGAGAAGUUCUUGCGUGAGGAUCCACUGGAUGAGCUCCAGAAGUUCUAUAAAAGCUAUCGAGAGAGAAUGAGGAAAUUUGAUAUUUUGAAUUAUCAGAAGAUGUAUGCAAUGGGCUUUCUCCAAUUGAAGAAUCCUCUUCAUUCAUUGGGGACCCAAAGGCAUUCAUUCUCAACAAUCAUGUCUCAUCUAUCUCAAAACGUCUUUACUUUCUGCCAAAAGAAAUCUGAAGAUGAUCCAUCAGAAAAGUUAUUUAAGGAUCUGCAAUGUGAUUUAGAAACAGUUUAUGUUGGCCAGACUUGUCUCUCAUGGGAAUUCCUGAGAUGGCAAUACGAAAAAUCUCGUGAACUACCGGAAUCUGAUCCACUCAGAAGACACCAAUACAAUCAAGUUGCAGAUGAAUUCCAACAAUUUCAAGUUUUAGUUCAACGAUUUACAGAAAAUGAGCCAUUUCAAGGACCAAGACUUCCAAAUUAUGUCAAACAGCGAUGUGUUCUUCGCAAUCUUCUUCAAGUACCAGUCAUGAAAGAGGAUUCCUUCAAGGAUAAUGUUGAGAAGAAGGAAUUUGAUUAUGUUGUCACCAGUGAAUUGUUGGAGGAUAUUAUGGAAGAAACAAUCAGAAUUUUUUGGGAGUUUGUAAAGGCUGAAAAACAUGAAACACCUAUAUUAAUCAGGGUUCUAGCUGAGAGUAAUGUGGAGGUCCAAGAUCCAUCUGAUUAUGAGUUCAUGGAAGAAAUUCAAUCAAAUUUGCAGAAGAAAGAGAAGAAGCUGAAGGACCUUCUGAGGACUGGUAAUUGCUUAGUUAAGAAAUUCAAGAAACCACAGGAAGACAGAUCGAACCAAGACCUCUUCUUCUCUCAGGUAGAUUUAAAAUUGGUGUCAAGAGUUCUGAAAAUGCCAAGAAUAACAGGUGAUCAGCUAAUUUGGUGCCAUAAAAAGCUAAGCAAGAUUACCUUUCUUGAAAGAAAAGUGCACAGGGAACCUUCAUUUUUGUUAUUUCCUUGUUAGAACAGAAGCAGGAAUAGAGCCUGCAAAGGCCUAGUAUUUUUUUUUUCUUCUUAAAUUUAUCAUCUUUGCUUGUAUAUAUGAUAGAAAUAAAUUCUACAGUGAUAUGCGUUAGAGCAUGGAGAUUUUCAGGAAUAAAUUUCAUAUUAUUUCUGUAGCAACCUGUUAGUUGCUAAUUA